AUGGUUCCAAUUUUUCCUAAAUUUGGACCAAAAUUAACUUGCUAUAUGGUUACACGAUUGAUGUGUGAAUCCAAUAUGAAUUUUCAAUCUGAACCUAGUUACUGCUAUUCAGCUGGCAAUAAGUUCUGGUUGUUAUCUGCCCGUAAGAACUGGACGGCAAUGCUAGACGAAAUCGAUCGAAUUCCACCAAAGUUUAGCUCAUUUGAUGUCCAUUUCUAG